CACACACCGGGAGAGAGAGAAAAAAGUUGUAAGAAGCAGUUUUAAAGAUCAAAUUUGUUAUAAGAGGUGUGCACUUUCUACUCAUCCGGUUGUCCUGCCAUCACACGUCGAUUGUUUUUUUGUUGAGCUGCUGUGAAUACCCCUCCAUCUUCGAAGCAAUAUAAAGCACCUCGACUCCGGCAAUAUCACGUUAUCGCUGUUGUGACUCGCCGUCGUUCCACACUGCUUUAGAACAUUACAACCACGAGAUGUCAGCGUUAUACCAAGUGAGCCCUUCUGGCACGUCUUCGCCCAACUCGAGCGCACCUCCAGCGAAGUUCCGCAACCCACACGAUAAGAAGGGCCGGUCAACGAGCUGUCUGCUGUGUCAGAAGCGUAAGCAGAAGUGUGACCACAGGCUGCCAUCGUGUACUACGUGUAUCAAAGCAGGUGUUGAAUGUGUCCAGCCUGCGAAGUACGCUGUAAAGGCGCCAGAGAAGGAUGAAUACACCACGAUGCUCGAGAAGAAAGUCAAGUUCUUGGAGAAACUUCUCGAUGCAAACAACAUCGUCAUUGACCCUGAAGGAGGUAACACGAAGAGAAGCUUCAAACAACUUCCAUAUGUCGACUCAAUGGGGGGAAAGAACCCAUACUUUUCGAUUGACUCGAUUGACGUCUCCAAUUCUCUGUUGGACAAGUAUAAUUUGAGAGAAUUCCUCGCCUUCGACCCGGUGUUUGAGUUCGAUGAGAAAGUAUCCAGAGCGUUUUUGGACAUCCAUUUCUCAAGAUUGCAGUUCAAGUAUCCGUUGCUAGACGAGGAUGAGAUCUUUGAGUUCCACAACGCCUAUGUGACAAACAACCUGACAGGAUACAUGAACAACAAUGACUUCUUCUACUACUGCUGCUCAAGAAUGUGGCUGAUAUUUGCCAUUUCCUCUUGUCUUCAUAUGUCAACGGGAAAGUAUACCGGUCCUCCACCAGAGCGUUACUUCUCAACUUCUAUGCGUCAUCUGGCAAAAUGCAGAACAAUGUCCAAGCUACACGAGGUUGAGAUCUUAACGCUCAUAGUUCUCUACCUCAUCAGAACGGACAGGGAUUCGUCGUGCCUUUAUGACAUUAUCAAGGACUCCAUGGCGAUCUGUGUGAGCUUGAAGCUGAACAAGUCUGUGACAUACAUUGGGCUUCCACCUCGUGAGAAGAUGAAAAAGAUGAGAACAUGGUGGUGUGUGUACCUUUUGGAGAGAAUGAUCUCCAUCGCCGUUGGAAAGCCGUACACUAUCUCUGAGAGAAUAGUGGACAUUGAUAUUCCAUUGUUUGUUACAGAACCAAGCAAGGUGGUGCACUCGUCUAGCCCUAGUGUCAUCUUCAUCAACCAGUCCAUUGCUCUACGUCGUAUUGAAUCGAGAUUCGUCGAGGAGCUGAACAUUCUUGCCUGUAUUGAUCCACAGAACGUCAAGCCUCAACAGCUGCCUCUUGUUGAACGUUACUUUCAAGAAUUGGAGGUAUGGAGAGGACUCUGUUCUGGGUUUGGAAGUGGUAUCCAUAAUGAGACCCUGAGACUGUACUACUAUCGUUCAGUAAGACUGUUGAUACAACCAUUCCUGGAGCUCAUGGACCCGAUGGACAAGCUCUUCAGAGAGUGCCAGGCAGCUGCUGGUCAGAUUUGCCAACUCUUCAAAGUUUUCCAUCAGAAGACAGUCUUUGGUCACUCCACAACAGCUAUUCACACGGUGUUUGUUGCCGGUGUCACCUUAAUCUACUGCCUAUGGCUUGCGAGAAACAAGGACGACAUGAACAGACGGGCCCUUGGUGAUGUAUCGAAGCAUACGAGACCUGCUGUUUCAGAGUCUCUCUUCUCCGGGCUGAACGAUCUUAGAGCAUGCUCAAUAUGUCUGUAUGUGAUGGCUGAACGGUCAAAAUUUGCUCUGACAUUCAGAGACACGUUUGAUCAAUUGAUGGGUGCUACAAUUGGUAAUCUCAUCAAACGUUGUGGUCCAGACUCUUCAGAAAUCAUCUACAACAACCAGCCUGGCAUGCCACCAGCAAUUGUUCGUCGCUUCCAACCGAUUUCUAGUGGCUUUGGUGUUGAAUCUACACAGCAUACCGAUGAAGAACGCUUUGAACAGGCUGAGCGGAGACGUAAGCAAGGUCAAUUGCAGAAGAGCGUGGUGCCAAAGUCGCUUUCACAUCUUUUGAUUGUUGAAUCACCACAGCAGAUGGAAUCCGACCUCAACGUGUUGAAGAGAAACCUGCCUGACUCUUCACCAACUUCUGCAUUCCCAGAUGUCACGCUUGCGUACCCAACUGCCACGGCAGCUCACUCCACUUCAGCAUCGUCUGUCUCAUCAACUUCUACGCCCCAAGGUUAUCCAGCAUCAUUGCCAGCAGAGUAUACGCCGUUUAACGGUGGUGCAAACACCAUGAUUAACAACAUCAGUGCGUGGUCAGGAGAAAGCGGUGUACCAAUUACAACUUCUUUAGGUGGGAAUGGAGCAGAGAACGAUGUUUCAACCUUUCAGCACCAUACACCGAGAAAUAGCAACUGCACAGCCAUAUAUAGAAUGAUCUCUCUGGCACCCCGUUGGAACUUAUUAGAGUUUGUCGCCCCGUGGCCGCAGACGGUGUUAGGGGGGGGACCUGCUACUGAGAAGGGAGAAAUGUAUACAUAUAAAACGGCCUUCGGCAGCCGUGUUUCACCUCAUCGCUGGAUUGUCUAUUAA